AUGAAAUUCUUCUUUCUUCUUAACUGGUGUGUUUGUGUUCCAUCUCCUUUCUCUGCUGUAAUUGUUAACUGCUGUCAAUUUACUCUUGGAUGUAUUUGUAGUAGUUUUGACUGCUUUGAUACUCAAUGUAGAUUUAUUUUCCCAGAUAAUCUGUUGGGGAUUUCCUGGGUUGACAGCUCCUGGAUUCCAAUAUUAAACAAUGGGAGUGUGUUGGACUAUUUCUCAGAGCGAAGUAACCCUUUCUAUGACCGAACAUGUAACAAUGAAGUCGUCAAAAUGCAGAGGAUGACCCUGGACCAUUUGAACCAGAUGGUUGGAGUGGAGUACAUCCUUCUCCAUGCUCAGGAGCCCAUUCUGUUCAUUAUCCGAAAGCAGCAAAGGCAAUCUCCAACACAAGUUAUGCCAUUGGCUGACUACUACAUUAUUGCUGGAGUGAUUUAUCAAGCACCUGACUUGGGAUCUGUCAUUAACUCCAGAGUUCUGACUGCAGUGCAUGGAAUUCAGUCUGCUUUUGAAGAAGCUAUGUCCUACUGUCGCUAUCACCCAUCCAAGGGCUACUGGUGGCAUUUCAAAGACGAGGAAGAACGAGAGAAAACUAAACCAAAAGCCAAGAAGAAAGAAGAACCAAGCUCUAUUUUCCAAAGACAACGAGUAGAUGCUUUGCUCUUAGACCUAAGACAAAAGUUUCCACCCAGAUUUGUCCAGCAAAAGCCUGGAGAAAAGCCUGUCCCAGUGGAUCAAAUCAAGAAGGAACCAGAACCAGUCCCUGAAGCUGUCAAGACAGAGGAAAAAGAGACUGUAAAGAAUGCUCAGAGUACUGGUGCUAAAGGACCACCUGAAAAACGAAUGAGACUCCAGUGAAGGAAGAUUCUAUUGCACAUCUGGAUUUGUCAGAACCUAGAAAACAUAGGAUUCUUGCUCUCUUUUCUUUAUAUUUAAGCUCUUCCACUGAGACUGAUAAUUCAGGGACUGAGAUCCCUGUAACAGCUUUUUCUGUAGAAACCUCUCAUGCAAAUGUUAAUGUCAGGAUGUGAGAUGCCUCAAAGGAGGCAGUCAUCAUCUUAUUUUGAAUGCUGACUUCUGAGAAUGGUUUUUACAUGGACAUGUUCAGCAGCCUCCUGAAGACUUUACAAACUCCUGCAUCCUUUGUGUCUAGGUUUCCUAUGUAAAAAGAAAAAAAAACUUUUGUAUAUAAGAAGGAAUUGGAAUUCUUGGCAAAUAAAAUUCCUGGCUGCUGGAA